CUGCUGACCAGCCUGCGCACCCUCUGACUCGGGAGCGCGCUCAGCAUGCUGUCCGCCGGGACAUACUGCGCGCUUUUCCACGCGCUCUCAAGUGUCCUGUCGGACCCGGGGACCACAAACCGAGUGGUUCUGUUGGACACGACGGCAGUGCUUGGAGAACUGGACUGGAAGACCUAUCCUGUCAAUGGGUGGGAUGCCAUCACAGAGAUGGAUGAGCAGAACCGACCCAUUCACACCUUCCAGGUGUGCCAUGUAAUGGAGCCAAACCAGAACAACUGGCUACAGUCUGGAUGGAUCCCCCGGCAGGCUGCACAAAGGGUGUAUGUGGAGCUGCGUUUCACUCUGAGAGACUGUAACUCUAUUCCUUGGGUGUCUGGGACUUGUAAGGAAACCUUCAAUCUCUUUUACCUGCAGACAAAUGAACCACUUCCUGCAGGGGCACGGUUUCAUCCCACUGACUAUGCCAAGGUGGACACGAUCGCAGCAGAUGAGAGCUUUACACAGACGGACCUUGGAGAUCGGGUUCUUCGCCUCAACACAGAGAUCAGAGAAGUUGGGCCAGUGACAUUAAAUGGUUUCUACCUGGGAUUCCAGGAUGUGGGCGCUUGCAUUGCUCUUGUUUCUGUCAAGGUGUUCUAUAAGCGCUGCCCAUCAACUUUACGGAAUCUGGCAGCCUUUCCUGAUACGGUACCACAUAUGGAUUCAUCAUCCCUGGUGGAAGUGAGAGGUACAUGCGUGGACAAUGCAGAAGAGAGAGACACACCCAAAUUAUACUGUGGGGCUGAUGGAGACUGGUUGGUGCCAUUGGGUCACUGCAUCUGUAGUCUUGGCCAUGAAGAGAAUGAUGGAUACUGCCAGGGCUGCAGACCUGGUUUCUUCAAGGCAUUCGCUGGGAACACUAAAUGCUCCAAGUGUCCUCCCUAUAGCUCCAGCCAUGACCAGGCAGCCACCAUGUGUCACUGCGACAAAGGCUACUACAGAGCUGUUGAGGACCCCUCCACCACGGCGUGCACACGGCCCCCCUCGGCUCCCAGGAAUCUGGUCUCACUGAUCAAUGACACAGCUCUCUUCCUGCAGUGGAUGCCCCCCAGUGAUACAGGAGGCAGGAAGGACAUUACUUACAACAUCCUGUGCCAACGCUGUGAUGGCAGUGAUAUUGACAAUGUUGUGGUACAGUGUGAACCAUGUGAACCCGACCUGCGCUUCAUUCCACGGCCACUCGGGCUAACUGGUACCUCUGUGGCGAUACUAGAUUUUGCUGUCCAUGCCAACUACACCUUCCAUGUUGAGGCCGUGAAUGGCGUCUCUGGGUUGGGUGUGGUUCCUCGAUCACUGGCAAAUAUUUCUGUCAAUACACACCAAGGUGGUCCCUCUCUGGUGGGCGCAGUGAGAAAGGACUGGGCUUCUCAGAAUAGCAUUGCCCUCUCUUGGGAACAAGUGGAACAGUCACCCUCAGACAUCGUGGACUACGAGAUCAAGUACUAUGAGAAGGAACAGCAGCAUCUGAGCUACUCAUCAAUGCGGACAAAAAAACCCAGUGUGGUGGUCACAGGCCUCAGACCUUCCACUGUUUAUAUGUUCCAUGUGCGUGCACGUACUACUGCGGGCUACACGGCUUACAGUCCCAGCUUUCAGUUUGCCACUGGACCUCAGGAUCCUGAUAUGGCUGAUCAGGGUCAGGUUCUGGUGGUUGUCACUGCGUCUGUUGGAGGCUUCUCCUUGUUGGUCAUCUUGACCCUCUUCCUCCUCAUCACUGGACGGUGUCAGGGUUACAUCAAAGCCAGGAUGAAGUCAGAAGAGAAGCGCAGGACACGCUUCCACAGUGGACAUGUUCCAUUCUCUGGAAUAAAAACCUAUGUGGACCCAGACACAUAUGAAGAUCCCACUCAAGCUGUGCAGGAAUUCACCAAAGAGAUAGAUCCCUCAUGCAUAUGCAUCGAGAGAGUGAUUGGUGCAGGUGAGUUUGGAGAAGUCUGCAGUGGCCGUUUGCGAAUACCUGGGAAGACUGACAUCAGCGUGGCAAUAAAGACACUUAAAGGUGGAUAUAUAGAACAACAGAGGAAAGAUUUCUUACGUGAGGCAUCAAUCAUGGGGCAGUUCAACAACCCGAACAUCAUCAGGCUGGAGGGAGUGGUCACAAAAAGCAGACCAGUAAUGAUAGUGGUUGAAUACAUGGAGAACGGAGCACUCGACUCCUUCCUUCGGACACGUGACGGUCAAUUCACAGUGAUCCAGCUGGUUGGCAUGCUGCGAGGCAUUGCUGUCGGGAUGACUCACCUCUCAGACAUGGGUUACGUUCACAGAGACCUUGCAGCUCGCAACAUCUUGGUGGAUGAGAAUUUAGUCUGUAAGGUGUCUGACUUUGGCAUGUCCAGGGUGUUAGAAGCUGACACAGAGGCAGCCUAUGCCACCACAGGGGGGAAGAUACCAAUACGCUGGACAGCACCAGAAGCUAUCACUUAUGGCAAGUUUUCCUCUGCCAGUGAUGUGUGGAGUUAUGGCAUCGUCAUGUGGGAAGUCAUGUCAUAUGGCGAGAGGCCCUACUGGGAGAUGUCCAAUCAAGACGUGAUAUUAUCGAUUGAGGAGGGCUAUCGUCUGCCGGCACCGAUGGGCUGCCCUGUCAUUCUGCACCAGCUGAUGCUGCACUGCUGGCAAAAGGAGACGAGUCAGCGUCCAUGCUUCAACAAUGUGCUCUCUUUCCUGGACAAACUCAUACUUAAUCCUAGUAGUCUGCUCACUCUGGCCAAUGAUGUGCAGAGUUGCCCUGACUCACCAGAGGAAAUGUCAGACUACCCUCUCUUCAUCUCCAUCGGCGACUGGCUCGACUCUAUCAAAAUGAGCCAAUAUAAGAACAACUUUCUUGCAGCAGGCUACACAACAUUGGAUUCUAUUUCAACCAUGAGUUUAGACGAUAUCAGGCGUAUUGGGGUCUGUUUGAUUGGCCACCAGAGGAGAAUCAUAAGCAGCAUACAGUCUCUUCGCUUGCAGUUUCACCACAUCCAACAGAGUGGCUUUCAAGUGUGAAGGCAUUGCACAGGCAGAGUGGGUGGAACCAAAGCAAAGUUCCUCUGCAUCAUCAUCCAGUUAAUUGCACAAACAUCAGACUGUUCGCUGUAGCAGCUAUAACACCUUGCUCGUAUGAGAGCACUUAGCCACAUUGAUCAUCUACUAGAUCUUCAUCAAUACAGCCUCCACAACAACUAACCUCUGUCAGCAUCGGCCAAAUGUGGUCUCUUUAUUAUCUCAGCAAAUAUUAGCAUUCACUUGAAUUUUGACUCGUUUUCUCUAGUGUCUAUUCAAGUGUUCACCAAUACCUCUUAUCUUUCCAAAUGACAAUCCAAUGAUCUCUAUUGACUUUGAAUGGUCUAACGUCUGAUACCUCAUGACCAGAGAUGAUGUGGAUGUGAUAUAUGGUAAAGUAAUGUAAGAUAUAAUAUGUGAUUUUAACAGUAGUUUUCCUGCUGGUUUAUGAAAUAAUUCUAUAGAAAUACACACUGAAAGAUUAUGGAACUGAAGACCACUGAAUGUCAAAAGAUUUUAUAGAAAUGUAUGUGCUCUUUCUUCAUGAUAUUGGAGUGUCUUGUAUAAAGUCUUGUGAAAGGUGUAUGAUUUAUUCAGUAUGUUUGUUCAUUAAUAAACAGCCCUAUUUUAAUA